AUAUAUCAUAUCGAGUUGAAGAGCUAAAGAUGUACAAAUCGAAAAGAGUGAGAGAGGCUGCAUACAGCAUCUCAGUACUCUUGCUUCUAGGAAAGUGGCUCUGCUGCUGCUUGAACCAAACAAUUGCCCUUCUCCAUAGGCCAGCAAAUUGCAAUAGAUGGGAGAGAUUCGCUCACCAUAUUUUUCACUUGGCCAAAAUUACUCCGGAGAUAAUUCUGAUCAUAUUCAUUCACCGUACAUUUCAUAUGGCGGAGAGGACUAUCAUGGAGACUAUGCCGAAAUUCAUCCACCAUAUUCUUCAGCCGGAGACUACCUUGCAGAUAAUGCUGACAUUCAUUCUGAAGCAUUGUUUCAUCAACAUAUUUCUGGAAAUUCAAACAAUGCACAGCAAUUUGAUAAGCAUGGAAAAGUACCCUUUCAUGGUGGAGCAACUUCUAAUGAUGAACAAGAGAGUCAUGUGUGCAUCUACAGAGUUGGCGAGGCACUCCGCAAAUCAAAUGAAGCCAUGUACAGUCCUGAACUAAUUUCUAUAGGCCCUAUUCACUACGGCAACAGAAAUCUGCGUUUCAUGCAAAAGAAAAAGUCUAAAUACUAUAGACAGUUCUGGGAAGACAGGGUGUCAAAGGCAGGGGAAUGGACUGAGGACAAUUUUCGGAAUGCUCUGCAAGCAGAUGAAAAUGAGAUCCGCCAAUGUUAUGAAGUUGGUUCCCAUGAAAUUGAAAAUUCUCGAGACUUUCUGCGUCUGAUUCUGUACGAUGCUGUAUUCAUCUUCGAGCUAUUCCUCAAGUACAGAGAAGAUAACGGGAAAUUUCAAGAAGAUUCUAUAUUAAAAGAACGAUGGUGGAGGGCGGCGAUUCGACGGGACUUGAUUUUGCUUGAAAAUCAGCUUCCAUUCUUUAUUCUUGAGAAAUUAUAUGAACUUCUU